UAGGAGGUGGUGCGUUGCUACAGAAACGGAGGCGGACGACUAGUGCGCACGCUUCAGUUAGGUACUCUGGUCACGUGGAGGAGUUGAAGAUGGCGGCGGCCCAGGCUGUGGAGGAAAUGAGGACCCGUGUGGUUCUAGGGGAGUUCGGGGUUCGCAAUGUUCAUACCACUGACUUUCCCGGUAACUAUUCCGGCUACGAUGAUGCCUGGGACCAGGACCGCUUUGAGAAGAAUUUCCGUGUGGAUGUGGUACACAUGGAUGAAAACUCAUUGGAGUUUGACAUGGUGGGAAUCGACGCAGCCAUUGCCAAUGCGUUUCGGCGCAUUCUGUUAGCUGAGGUGCCGACCAUGGCUGUGGAGAAAGUACUGGUGUACAACAACACGUCCAUCGUCCAGGAUGAGAUACUUGCCCACCGCCUGGGCCUCAUCCCCAUUCAUGCUGACCCCCGUCUUUUUGAAUAUCGGAACCAAGGAGACGAAGGCGGCACAGAGAUCGACACCCUGCAGUUCCGGCUGCAGGUCAGGUGCACGCGGAACCCCCACGCUGCUAAAGACUCUUCUGACCCCAAUGAGCUCUAUGUCAACCACAGAGUGUACACCAGGCACAUGACAUGGGUGCCUCUGGGGAACCAGGCUGACCUCUUCCCGGAGGGCGCCAUCCGCCCGGUGCACGACGACAUCCUCAUUGCGCAGCUGCGGCCUGGCCAGGAGAUUGACCUGCUCAUGCACUGUGUCAAGGGCAUUGGCAAAGAUCAUGCCAAGUUUUCACCUGUGGCAACAGCCAGUUACAGGCUCCUGCCAGACAUCACCCUGCUGGAGCCUGUGGAAGGGGAGGCGGCGGAAGAGCUGAGCCGCUGCUUCUCACCUGGUGUUAUUGAGGUGCAGGAGAUCCAAGGUAAAAAGGUGGCCAGAGUUGCUAAUCCCCGGCUAGAUACCUUUAGCAGGGAAGUCUUCCGGAAUGAGAAGCUAAAGAAGGUUGUACGGCUUGCGCGUGUUCGAGACCAUUAUAUCUUUUCUGUUGAGUCCACAGGGGUGUUGCCACCAGACGUGCUGGUGAGUGAAGCCAUCAAGGUGCUGAUGGGGAAGUGUCAGCGGUUCCUGGACGAACUGGAUGCGGUUCAGAUGGACUAAGGCCACGCUGGAUGCCCCACCACAGAGAAGAGUAGGCAGCUGGUAAAUCUGGAGGGAAACAUGCGGAGAUGGCCUUCACAGUGGACAGGAAGCCCAAAGCACCACCCAGGAAGAGGGGACGGACCCAGCCUGUGCCACAGAGGGUGCUACGUGGACGCCAAGUCUUUUCCAGCUUCACCUCUUCCUGCCCCCGCCUGACCUGGGGCCACGCCAGCUAAGAGCUGCAGCUUCAGUCCAUGCUCUCACUGAAAAGCCUGGUCAGUGGAUUGGGCUGAUGCCAGGCCUGUGGGGAGCACGUGAACACUGUGUAGAUUAACUUGAUUCCCGCACCCCUGUCCCCUCUGCUUAUAGGGCCAUCCAGUGAUGUCUAGAACAGACUGGAGACUCACAAUAUAGGCUCUGAUGGGAAGGCA